CGCACGUGACAGCCCACACGCUAAACCGCAACGGGAGCAUGGAGCCACCUCCCUUCGGGCUGGUGACAUCAGCAGAUCUUCUUCCCUUGCGGCGAUCAACUGUAUACAGUGCAGUCUUCCGAUCCUUCUUGCAUGAAUAAAAGGGCGGGACUCGGAUCCGAAAAUUUAGGCUCGAGAACGCCCCGCGGCUGUUACUCCCUUUACUGUGACAGGCAGUGUGACGUACCUUACCCGCAGCCCGCUUUUUCUCACCGGAACCCCCCACCACGCACCGAGUUGUGUCUUCAUCAACUCACUCUUUCGUCACUGCUCGUUCUUUUCUCAUUUAUCUAACCUGUAGCUGCAUUGCUUCGAGCUCUCUCGACUGAGCUGCCACAUUUCGACCUGGAGAUCAAUUUGUCGCAGUUGCCGUCGUGAUGGCUCCAACAACACUUACUUCGCAAGCCCCUCCUCCCAAGCGCCGCCGCAUCGGUGUCUUGACCUCCGGAGGAGAUGCCCCCGGUAUGAACGGCGCUGUGCGUGCCGUCGUCCGUAUGGCGAUUCACUCCGACUGCGAAGCCUAUGCCGUGUACGAAGGAUAUGAAGGUCUGGUCAAUGGCGGGGACAUGAUCAAGCAAUUACACUGGGAAGAUGUUCGGGGAUGGCUUUCCCAAGGUGGUACUUUGAUCGGCUCCGCUCGUUGCAUGACUUUCCGCGAAAGGCCUGGCCGACUGCAAGCUGCCAAGAACAUGGUCCUGCGUGGAAUUGACGCAUUGGUUGUUUGCGGUGGUGACGGUAGUUUGACUGGUGCCGAUGUCUUCCGCUCCGAAUGGCCUGGCCUGCUGGAGGAAUUGGUGAAGAAGGGAGAGUUGACCGCGGAGCAGGUCAAGCCUUACACAGUAUUGAACAUUGUCGGCCUUGUGGGAUCAAUUGACAACGACAUGUCCGGGACAGAUGCUACAAUUGGUUGCUACUCGUCAUUAACUCGUAUCUGUAACGCUGUUGACGAUGUUUUCGACACUGCCUUUUCUCACCAGCGAGGAUUCGUUAUUGAAGUCAUGGGCCGGCACUGUGGUUGGCUUGCCCUGAUGGCUGCCAUUGCCACGGGCGCGGACUGGCUGUUCAUUCCCGAGAUGCCUCCCAAAGAUGGUUGGGAGGAUUCCAUGUGCGAGAACAUUACCAAGAACCGUAGUGAGCGCGGAAAGCGCAGAACAAUCGUCAUCAUCGCCGAAGGAGCGCACGAUGAAAGCCUCAACAAGAUCACAAGCGACAAGGUUAAAGAUAUCCUUACUGAUCGCCUUGGGCUGGACACCCGCACAACAGUUCUUGGACAUACCCAACGAGGAGGAUCUGCCUGCGCCUACGAUCGCUGGUUGUCGACCUUGCAAGGAGUGGAGGCCGUGCGGGCUGUUUUGGACAUGACGCCGGAAUCUCCUUCUCCAGUCAUCACAAUUCGCGAGAACAAGAUCAUGCGUACGCCAUUGAUGGAUGCCGUCAAAGAGACGCAGGCUGUUGCAGCGCGUAUCAAAGAACGAGACUUCGUAGGCGCGAUGGAAUUACGCGACCCCGAAUUCAAAGAAUACCACUAUGCUUAUAAAAACACGGCGACACCUGAUCACCCGAAACUUGCCCUUCCCGAAGGAAAGAGAAUGCGAAUUGCCAUCGUCCAUGUUGGUGCCCCUGCAGGAGGCAUGAACCAGGCUUCGCGUGCUGCCGUGGCAUACUGUCUAAACCGCGGCCACACACCGAUCGCCAUUCACAACGGAUUCCCCGGCCUGAUCCGGCAUCACGCAGAUAAGCCUGUAGGCUCAGUGCGCGAGGUCAGAUGGGUUGAGACAGACCCCUGGGUAAAUGAGGGUGGUUCAGACAUUGGCACAAACCGUGGCCUCCCGUCAGAAGACAUCGAGACCACCGCCCAAUGCUUUGAAGCAAACAAGUUCGACGCGCUAUUCGUCGUCGGUGGGUUCGAAGCCUUUACAGCCGUCUCCCAGCUCCGCCAGGCGCGUGAGAAGUACGACGCCUUCAAGAUCCCCAUGGUCGUUCUGCCGGCCACCAUCUCCAACAACGUCCCAGGCACAGAAUACUCGCUCGGAAGCGACACAUGUCUGAACGCUUUGAUAGACUUCUGCGACUGCAUCCGGCAAUCAGCCUCGUCGUCGCGCCGUCGUGUCUUCGUCAUCGAAACCCAGGGCGGUAAGUCCGGUUACAUCGCCACAACAGCCGGUCUCGCCGUCGGUGCCGUUGCAGUAUACAUCCCGGAAGAAGGAAUCGACAUCAAGAUGCUCGCCCGCGACAUCGAUUUCCUCCGCGACAACUUCGCCCGCGACAAGGGCGCCAACCGCGCUGGAAAAAUCAUCAUGCGCAACGAGUCCGCUUCCUCCACAUACACCACGCAGGUCAUCGCAGACAUGAUCAAGGAAGAGGCCAAGGGCCGUUUCGAAUCUCGCGCUGCCGUCCCCGGGCACUUCCAACAGGGUGGCAAGCCCUCGCCCAUGGACCGCAUCCGCGCGCUGCGCAUGGCCAUCAAAUGUCUGAUGCACUUAGAAAGCUACUCCGAAAAGACCAAGGACGAAAUCGCCGCAGACGAGAUGUCCGCCACCGUCAUCGGAAUCAAGGGCUCCCAGGUUUUGUUCUCGGUUAUGGGCGGCGACGCCGGUCUUGAGAAGAAUGAAACGGACUGGGCCCGUCGUCGACCCAAGGCUGAGUUCUGGCUCCAGUUGCAGGAUACGGUUAACAUCCUGUCUGGGCGCGCAGGUGCAAAGGAUACCUGGUCUUGUUAUGAGGAUGAUGAUAAGGUCCAUGCGCGGUCGCAUGUUCCGUCCCCUUGAGGAUCAAGUGAAGCGAUGUGGAUGGGGAAAGAUGUAACAGCAUGAUAGGUUUUGGGAUUCAUUUUGGACGAAGGUAGCCUUAAUCCCCCUUACGAAUGAUAAACAUGUAGUGAAUGAAUGGAUUCAAUGUUCUAGACAAAUACGAGAUAUCUACCUAAGCUAUGGUGCUAUAAUUAAGUAUACCUAUUAUACUUUCAAAGGAAAGUUCUCGACACGUUAUCAAGUACGGAUAGCCAUGAAUCAAAUCAUCAAAUACGACAAAAUCUCCCUGGUGUGAGAUUAUGGCAGUGAUUUCUGGAUACUUGCCAGCUCGUCGAGGAGUUGUACCGUUUCAGCUGGGCUGGCGAUCCACGCUGUCGUGGAAGCAAGACGGGCC